AUGACAACUUGUUUUAACACAAAAUUAAAAUCGUUUCAUGUAAUUUUGAUUGUCUCUUCAAUAACUCUUGUUAAUACCCUGAUACUAGGAUUCAUAUUUUACAUGCCAUGUCUAAGAUCUAUGGUCAAAUGGCAAAGACAACUAAAACCGGGAAACGAAAUGCGUGAUUACUACAUCAAACUACCCAUUCCUUUAGAUUUCCGAGUCUAUUUUUUUAACAUUUCUAAUCCAGAGGAAGUAAAACAAGGCGAAAAACCGAUUUUGAAAGAAAUUGGUCCUUACUGUUACGAUGCAUACAAAGAAAAAAUCAAUGUUGAAGACAACAAAGACAAUGACACCCUCACCUACAACCCCUACGAUACUUAUUUUUUUAAUCAAAUGAGAACUGGUGAUUUAUCACAAGAUGAUUAUGUUACGAUUCUUCACCCUCUCACUGUGGGCAUUGUGAAUGCAGUCGCAACUCAAAAACCUCAAUACCUGUCAGCGGUAAAUAAGGCCCUUCCUGUCAUUUUUAAAGAAAACUAUUCGAUUUAUCUUACUGCAAAAGUGAGAGAAAUACUUUUUGAUGGAAUUUUGAUAAACUGUACUGUUAAAGACUUUUCGGCAAAUGCUGUGUGUUCACAAUUCAAAAGUCAGCCGGCGAUGGUGGAGGUGGAGAAAAAUAUUUAUCGUUUUUCUUUAUUAGGAUCGAGGAAUGGAACCAUACCAACACGUAUUACAGUACAUAGAGGGGUUAAAAGUGCUGCCGAUAUUGGCCGUGUGGUUACAAUUGAUAAUAAAACAGAUCUCGAUGUAUGGCCGGAACAAGAAUGUAACGCAUUUCGGGGAACCGAUGGUUGGAUUUUCCCUUCAUUUCUAGAAAAAGAAGAAGGGAUUUGGACCGUGGCAACGGAUUUGUGCAGGAGUUUCAAAGCUCGGUAUGUGGAUGACUUGAAGUUUCACGGUGUCGUCGUACGCAAAUACUUUGCCGACCUUGGUGACAUGUCAUCAAACCCUGACGAAAAAUGUUUUUGCCCAACACCUCAAACUUGCUUACCUAAAGGCGUAAUGGACUUAACAAAAUGCAUGAAAGUACCUUUAUAUUGCACUUUACCCCAUUUCCUCAAAGCUGAUGAAAAACUAUUACAACAAGUUGAGGGUCUUAAUCCCGAACUUGAAAAACACAUUAUAAAAAUCUACUUUGAGCCUUUAACAGGAACACCAAUGUUGGGUCAGCGAAGAAUUCAAUUUAAUUUACAAUUAAUGCCAAUUCCUAAGGUUGCCAUGAUGAAAACAGUACCGGAAGCUCUCCAUCCGAUUUUAUGGAUCGAAGAAGGUGUCGAACUUGAAGGAUUUCUACUGAAAAAAGUUACUUCAGUGUUCACAUUGCUUAAAUUAAUGACUUUUGUUCGGUAUCUAAUGUUGGGAUUUGCGAUUCAAGGUUUGUUAUAUGGAGGCUACAAGUUGUAUCAAGAUUCUAAGAACAAGAAAGUUAGUCCACAAAUAUCCCUACAUCGGAGAAAUUAUGUAAGACAGUUUUAUCUAAAGUACCCAAUCCCUUUGGAUUUUCGUGUCAAUUUUUUUAACGUAUCAAACCCUGAAGAAGUACAAAAUGGUGGUGUUCCUGAUUUAAAUGAAAUUGGACCUUACUGUUAUGACCUUUACAAGGAGAGAAUAGACGUGGAGGACAACGAGGUCGAAGACAGCUUAACCUACACCCCUUACGACAUUUACUUAUUUAAUCAAGAGAGAUCAGGAAACUUGAGUCAAGACGAUUACGUUACAAUUAUUCACCCCCUUGUCGUAUUUUUAAACGACGCUUUAGGAUUUUUAUUCCCCGAAAAAUCAAUUUUUCUCACUGCAAAAGUCAGAGAUAUUUUAUUUGACGGUAUGUUAAUAAAUUGCACGUCUCGGGAUUUUACAGCGAUGGCAGUUUGUACACAAAUACGAACAAAAAUUCCUGGUAUUCAGAUUGAAAGUAAAGAAUAUUUGAGAUAUGCUCUUCUUGGACAACAAAAUGGGACAAUACCAACAAGAAUAACGGUUUUGAGAGGGAUAAAAGAAUCACAGAAUUUAGGUAAAUUGGUAGCUGUUGAUAAUGUAACAAGAAGUAAUUUCUGGUCCAAUGGGGAAUGUAAUGAAUACAAAGGCACUGAUGGAUGGAUUUUUCCCCCAUUUUCGAGUAAAUUGACAACAAUUUGGAUGCACGCAACAACACUGUGCCAAAAUAUUCAUGCCGAUUUCGUGGGAGAAGCUACUAGUAAUGGCUAUUCAGUAAAUAAAUAUUAUUCUGAUUUUCAAAAUAUUUGUACCAAUUGUUCGCUUCAAGAACCUUGUCUUCCCGAAGGAUUAAUUGACGUCACCAAAUGUCUAACAGCUCCUAUUUAUAUUAGUUUACCACACUUUUUAAGAAGCGAUGAAAGUCUUAUCCGAAGGGUCAAGGGCUUGAAUCCUGAUACUGAGAGUCACAUAACAAGAAUUCUACUCGAAGGGACACUGUCGCUUCCAAUGGAAGCUCAGAUUCGUCUCCAAUUUAAUUUUCCUCUCCAACCAGUGAGUAAAAUAAAUAUUAUGCAAAACGUGUCUGAAGUAAUUCAUCCGGUUUUAUGGGUUGAAAUGGGAGUGGUUCUGAACGGAUGGUUUCUCCGAAUGAUUAAAACUUUCUUUUACUUCCUUACAGCUUUAGAAGUUAUGAAAUAUAUCUCGUUAAUCGGAAGUGUAAUUGGAAUGGCGUACGGAGGCUACCAUUUGUACAAAAAUAAGAAACUAUACUCGUUCAAGGAAAAUAUUCAAACUGCCCUUAGAAGAAGAAAUAUAAUGAAAAAAGUCUACCUGAAAAUCCCUAUGCCCUUAGAUUUUCGCGUUUAUUUUUUCAACAUUACAAAUCCUUCAGAAGUUCAAAAUGGAGAACAACCGGUUGUUAAAGAAAUUGGACCUUACUGCUACGAUGCCUAUAAAGAAAAAAUUGACAUUUUAGAAAACGAAGGCGAAGACAGUCUCACCUACACUCCCUACGAAACUUAUUUUUUCAAUCAAGACAAAUCAGGAAGCUUAACAGCCGACGAUUAUGUAACAGUUAUUCACCCAUUAAUUGUGGGCAUUGUUAAUACCGUUUUAAGAGAUUCGCCCCCAUUGUUACCCAUCGUAGAUCGAGCCCUUAAAUCAAUAUUUAAAGACCCUCAAAAUAUUUACAUCACAACAAAAGUUCGAGACUUUUUGUUUGAAGGAAUGACGAUUAACUGCAAAGCUCAAGACUUUUCAGCAACCGCAGUUUGUGCUCAGAUGAAAUCACAGAUUCCAGGAUUGAUUGAAAUUGAAAAAAAUGUUUACAAAUUUUCAGUUUUAGGACCGAGAAAUGGCACUUUACCAAAUCGGUAUAAAGUCUUUCGAGGGAUAAAAAAAUCGCACGAAUUGGGCCGCCUAGUUGAAGUGAACCACGAAAAGGAAUCAAAAGUGUGGUCAACGAAAAAAUGUAACAGAUUUCUGGGAACCGACAGCUGGAUUUUCCCCCCAUUCAUCGACAAAGAAGUUGGUUUUUGGACUUAUUCUCCCGACUUGUGCCGCAACAUGCACCUCCUCUUCUUUGAAGACACGACUUUUAAAGGCGUUCCAGCGGAGAAAUAUUACGCAGAUUUGGGUGACAUGAAAGGCAAUCCCGAGGAAAAGUGUUACUGCCCUAAAACUUGUCUCCCUAAGGGAGUAAUGGACUUGAGCCGGUGUAUGGGUGUUCCCAUCUAUGCAACACUGCCUCACUUCCUACGAGUCGACAAACAAGUGAAAAAAACUGUCAAAGGUUUGAAGCCAAUCACAGACGAACACAUCGUUCGAGUGAUAAUCCAACCUUUGUUGGGAACUCCACUAGAAGCACAAAAGAGAAUGCAAUUCAAUUUGCCGAUCCAACCUGUCAAGAAAAUUGGUUUAAUGAAAACGUUGCCACAAGCACUCCAUCCUAUUUUCUGGAUCGAGGAAGCGAUCGUUCUGGAAGGACCGCUGUUUAAAAUGAUAAAAGCUGUUUUCGUCGCCUUGAAAGUGUUUAAUGUUUUUAAGUAUUGCUUGCUGGCUGUUUGUCUCGGAUUUGUGGCUUUUGCAAGUUUUUUGUGUUACAAGGAUAGGAAACAGAAGGAACAGCAAGUGACUCCCGUGACUCAAACUGCAAGUACUGAAUCCUUACUUAAGUCGGAAAGAAAUAGUCCGCAAGACAAUAAGCAAAUUGAGAAUAAUUUCAACAAUGACGAAAAAACAGUCAGAUUUUAA